AUGGGUGCGAGACUUGAUAAAAUCGAGACCAUCUUUUGGGGAAAGCCACCUGCCGAUCCCAAGGAAAGGAAGCUUCUUCGAAAGAUCGAUGGAGUGGUACUUUCCUACGUGUGCUUGUCAUACUUCACCAAUUACCUCGACAGAGCCAAUUUGGCAAACGCCUACGUAUCUGGUAUGAGAGAGGCCCUCGAUUUCAAGGGCAACGAGUAUACUUAUGCUGUUUCGAUGUUCACUGCUGGAUACAUCAUUGGUCAAUACCCUUCGGCCUUGGUACUCUCAUCUAACCGUAUCUCUCCACGCUUCUGGUUCCCUUUCUGUGGCGCUUGUUGGGGUAUUAUUACUCUCGGUUUGGCAUUCGUCAAAACCCCUCAUCAAGUAUGGGGUCUCCGACUCAUUCAAGGUUUCUUCGAAGCUUCUACCUUCUGCGGCACUCACUACGUCCUUGGCGCUUGGUACAAGGAUGGUGAGCUUGGUCGACGAUCAGCUGUCUUUACCUCUUCUGCCCAGCUCGGUACCCUAUUUUCGGGUGUCAUGCAAGGAAGUAUCAUCAAGAACCUGGACGGACUACAUGGUUUAGAGGGUUGGCAAUGGCUUUUCAUCGUUGAUUUUAUCAUCACAGUCCCCGUGGCUAUCUAUGGCUUUAUCUUCUUCCCAGGACUUCCCCACACUACCCAAGCAUUCUGGAUGACUCCGGAGGAGCGAGAACUGUGUGUCAAGCGAUCUCCACCCCAAGAGCACACCACUCUCACCGUCAAAUCCUUGGGCAAGAAUUUGAAGACGGUUGUCACCUCCUGGCAGUUCUACACCUUCCCUAUCUUGUUCGGUGUGGGAUCUUGUGCCUAUGAAAAAACGGGAAAUUACUCGGAAUUCCUAUUCUGGCUGAAAUGGACAGGCAAGUAUACCCCGAGUCAAGUCAAUUACUACCCUUGUAUCUACACCGCCUGGGGUAUCGUCGGCACCUAUAUCCUGACGAUGUAUUCGGAUUUGACCAAGAAUCGAUUCAUCAUACAACCUAUCGUCUACUGCACGACCUUCAUCUCUUGUGUGAUGCUUCUGGUUUGGAAUAUCUCAGAUAACGCCAAGUUCUUCGCCUACGUCGUUUCUGGUUGUGGAUAUGCCGUGCAAGUCACCAAUUUCGCUUGGGCUACUUCAGUCACGCGAGAUAACGAGGUCGUACGAGCAGUGACCAUCUUCUCAAUGAACGUUAUCGGUAAUUGCUGGACUUUAUGGUAUCAGAUUGUCUGCUGGCCUGUCGUGGAUACUCCUCGUUUCCGAAAUGGCCAGAUUGCCACGCUCGUCACUGGUGCCGCCAUGAUCGGUCUCGCUGCAUUCAUGUUAUACCUUGAAAAACGAUACCCUCCAAAGAUUCGAGACGACUCAGAGGCAUACACGACCAAUAUCUUCGGUAGCAACACCGCAGCGCCUACCCCAAUCGAGGAUUUGGAGCGCAGAACUCCUACUGAGGACGAUUACUAUGGUGAAAAGAAUGUUGAGCCAGGGCAAGUUGUGGUAAAGGCUAUCUGA